AUGCAAACGACUACUAAAAAGCAAGUGAGGAAUAUCACAAGGUUAUAUGGGUCAAUGACUCUUCAAUCGAAUGUUGAAUGUGUACUAUUAGGGAUGUUAUCAGAUACAAAUGGGUUUGUAUUUACUAAGCCGCAACGGACGUCAUUUCAAACAUUACCUUUCAUUCAUAUAAAAGAAAUGAAUUCAUAUGAGACGGGUGAAGUCUUUAAAGUCCAUGAGAUGACAAAGAAGAAUGGGAAACUCUUCUUAGAAGAUCAAUUGGAGAAGGGCGUCACGAUGAAAACAGCAAAGAGACGUCUUCAAGCCAAAAAGAGAAAGGAUAUCAUGCACUUCCUUCAAAGCAUAUUGGCGCAAGACGGGUUUGAAGUGAUUAUAGAAAAGGAGGACUGUACAGGUAUAUUUGGAGACGUGUCAAUCUAUCACAACAGUAAUUUACUGUUUAAUAAAGAAGACAUCGAGUUCUUCGGUCCACGAAUCAAUUCAUUUAUUUAUCAUAGACUGCAAAAUAGCAAAAAAGUUGCCUUUGAGAUGGGAGCUUUACUCAGACCAUUGUUGAUGAAAUGA